UGACCGUGCAGCCCGGCACGGACGUGGUGGCCACCGGACAGAUGGGCGCCGACCCGUCGAUCCACGUCUGGUCGGCGGCCACCCUGGACACCCUGUCCGUGCUGAGUGGCGCCCACCAGCGGGCCGUCGUCAGCGUGGCCCUCAGUCAGCAGGGCUCCGUGCUGGCCAGUAUCGGCGGCGACGACCACCACACGCUGUUACUCUGGAACUGGCAGACCGGCCAGAAACUGGCAUCAGCCAGAGGUCACUCGGAGAAGGUGUUUGACCUGGCCUUCGACCCAACCAACCCCCACAAGCUGAUGACAGUCGGAGUGCGCCACAUUCGCUUCUGGACCCGUUCCGGAGGCGGGCUGACCUGGAAACGCGCUGUGCUCGGAAAACUCGAUAACCAGGACACGAUGCUGUGCUGCGCCAUGUCCGGGGACGGGUCCAGUUUCAGCGGCGGCGCGUCCGGCACCGUCUACAGCUGGUCCAACGGCCGGGUGGCCACCUCCGUGAAGGCGCACCGCGGACCCGUCUACUGCAUCGCCACACCGCAGGAGGGGUACCUGACCGGCGGCCAGGACGGUUACGUCUGCCUCUGGGACAACGAGUUCUCCCGCUGUCUCAAGAUCUUCCCGAUCAGUAACGCUUACGUCACUGCGGGUCACAUGACGCUGACGACCGACCACCCGUCCAUCCGGGCCUGCGCCAUGGGCAUGGGAAGAAUCGUGGCCGGGACGCAGCGCGGAGAGAUCGUGGAGAUCUACGAGGAUGGCAAUAUCUGCGUCACCAUGGCGGGUCACGGCCGCGGCGAGGUGUGGGGUCUGGACACCCACCCCACCACGCUGGAGUUUGUCACCGUCAGUGACGACCACUGGAUGCGAGUCUGGAACCGGUUCAGCGGCGCGCACAUGACCGACCUGCGACGGCCGGCGCGCAGCGUGGCCUACAACUCGGACGGCUCCUGUUUGGCCGUCGGAUUCCUGGACGGCAGUGUGAGUCUGUUCUCGUCGGACAGUCUGCUGCGCGCGGCCACCGUCCACCACCGCGACUCUCAGGUCUCUGCCGUCCGCUGGUCGCCGCGGGCCGUCCGCGGCCGGGGGUUUCUGGCGGCCGCCUCUCAUGACGACGUGGUGGACCUGUACCACUGGUCGGAGGCCGGACAGUUGCGCCGCGUGGCCGUCUGUAAGGACGCAUCCAGCUACAUAUCACAGGUGGACUGGCUGGAGGACGGACGGCUCAUCCGCAGCAACUCAGGAGCCGGCGAGCUGCUGUACCACGACUGUCCGGCCGGCCGCCGGCAGCUGGUGCCGAACUCCGUGGAGCCGCUGCUGGACUGGCACACGGAGACCUGCGUGCUCAGUCCGAGUCUGGCCGGAAUCUGGGCGCCGGAGGAUGACUUCACCGACAUUAACGCGGCUGACCGCAGCCCCGACCGGACACUAGUGGCCACCGCCUGUGACGACGGAGGGCUCAUCAAACUGUUCAGAUACCCGGCCAGGGAGAAGUUCUGCCGGUUCCGCAAGUACUCCGGCCACAGCAGUCACGUGACCAACGUGCGCUGGUCGUACGACGGCAAGUACCUGAUGUCGGUGGGCGGCGCCGACUGCGGGGUGUUCGUCUGGAGCCGCGUGCAGAGCACAGAAGUGGCGCCCGGCUACACCAACCCGCUGGACCCCGACUCUGGGGACGACCUGGCCGUGCACGACCUCGAGCUGACUGCGUCUCACGGCGCUCCGGCCGGCGGCGAGUCGGGCCGGCCCGUGUCCGCCCUGCCCCGCCACCUGACUGAGGACCGGCUGACGGCGCUCUACCUCCAGUCGGGAGAGGUGUACGCGGUCGUCACCCGCACCAGUGUCGUCGGCUACAACAUCGAGAAGGGUAAUCAGGUGCUGGGUAUCCAGCACGAGGCGCCGGUGCUGGGCAGUGCGGCCGUCUCCACCAGCGAGUCGCACCUGCUGGCCGUCUCUGAGCGGGACGACUGCUCGUCUGUGACGGUGCUGGACCUGAGCCGAGACGCCGACACCAUCGGCAUGCUCCGGGCGCCCAACUCCCAUGCGGAGGACAUAUUCCGGAUGCGGUUCUCCGACAGUGGUCGGUUCCUUGUCUGCUGCAUCCACAAAAAUGGACAUUACCUUCUCAGAGUGUGGAACUGGAAGAAAGCGAUGCAGGUGGCUCAGACACAGGUGAGCGGAACUCUCCUGGACGCCGACUUUUCACCCUCGGACGACCUCAAGCUCACCGUCCUCUGCUCCAAACAGGUGCUGUUUGGUAAGAUAGUGGGCGUGGCCAUUCAGCUGCAGAAGGGCUACAUCCCGCGGAAGAAGAAGGGCUCUGACCGGAGGUUCCUCUGUGUGGCCUGCGGACCGGAUCACGUGUCGUACACGGGAACCAGCGACGGCCGACUGCUGGUCUGGAAGGGACCCAUCAUGUCGCAGGUGGUCGAGGUGACCCAGCACGGACCCGUCACCUCUGUCAGCGUCAACAGGAGCGGCUCGGCGCUGCUCACCGCCGUUAGGACCGUGCAAAACACGGUGGCCCUGCACCGCUGGACCACCUCCGUAGCCGUGGAGUGGCACUACAGUCUGGAGGUGCCCGAAGACGCACACAUCGAGUCAGUCAGCUGGGCCAAGGGCCACGUGCUGCUCACCACCGUGGCAGACAAGAAGGGACACGUCAUCGAGGUCAACAUGAAGGAAAAGAAACACCGGGAGCUGAUGGAAGUGAUGCUCUGAGUAUGUGACGUGACGUGAUGUGAUGUGAGGACGUGACGUGGCAUGACGGAAGAAUGUGGAGUGGCUCAGGCUGGGAGAAAUGUUCCGUGGAGUGUGGACAGUGCGCCGUUCUGAAAACGAAACACCUGAAUACGAAUGCUUCCGAGGACAAGCGUUUCGUCCACUGGAUGCUCUCCUUCUAUUGAAAAUAGUGAUUAUGAGGUAUGUUGUGAUGA